GGCCCAAUAAAAAAUAGAAGGAAGUGUUGCAGGAAGAACAACUAUUGAGUAUGAGAAAGAGAGAAUGGGUGUGCAUCAAAAACCAAAACCCCAUUUCUGAAACCACUUUCCUGAAACAAAAAGCUUAAACCCUAAACCCACACAAUGAAGCGCACUCUGCUUCGAAAUGUCACUCUCUACACUCGCAAUCUUCUUCACUCCCCUCCCAUUCAAAACAACCCAAUUCCAAGUCCUUCCUCACUCGCCGCCUCGACUCGGCCCCGACUCAGACUCAGGUUCUACUCCUCCGAGAACGACUCGUCCUCGUCGACUGAAAACCCUAGCUCUGCUCCAGAUCCAGAGACCAGCUUGGCACAACCCCAGAAGAAAGAUGUCUCCAUUGACGUCGAGGACGUCAGUAACAAAGAGCUGAAAGUGCGGAUAGAGAAGUACUUUAAAGGUGAUGAGGAGGCACUCCCAUCGAUCCUUGAAGCGAUUCUGCAGAGGAAGUUGACUGGGAAGCAUGAGGAGACAGAUGAUGAGUUGGUAGAUGAGUUUCAGAUGGAGCCAUUGGAUGAUGUUAAGGACAAAGAAUUCGAAUCGGAUUUUGAGGAAAUGCACGAGACGGAUGAGGAGAUUGAUGAUUUGUAUGAUGUGAAGCCUAUAGUCAUGAAGAGAAUGGUUAAGGAUGAGUUCUUUAACAUGGAUGACCAGAAGUGGGAUGGUCUUGUUAAGGAUGCCAUUGAUCAUAAGAUCAUGAAGGACACAAAGGAGUGCGAGGAGAUUUUAGAGGAUAUGCUUAAAUGGGACAACCUCCUCCCAGAUGAGAUAAAGAAAAAGGUGGAAGAGAGAUUCAAUGAGCUAGGGGAUAUGUGUGAAAGGGGAGAGAUUGAAGCCGAAGAAGCUUAUGAGUUGUUUAAGAAAUUUGAGGAUGAGAUGGUAAUUGAAAGUCAGAAGAUAAUGGAAGCUGAGGGGCCUCCCCAGUUUGAUGAGACUGCUGUGCCAGACAAGAAAAAGAACUUAGAUGACCCACCUGGCGAGGGACCAAUCCUUAGGUGGCAAACACGGGUAGUCUUUGCUCCUGGUGGUGAUGCAUGGCACCCCAAAAACAGAAAAGUGAAAAUGUCUGUUACUGUGAAAGAGCUUGGGCUUUCAAAACAUCAAUUUCGCCGUAUCAGGGAAUUGGUUGGAAAAAGAUACCAUCCAGGAAAGGAUGAGCUUACAAUCACUAGUGAGAGGUUUGAGCAUCGAGAGGAAAACAGAAAGGAUUGCCUGAGGACUCUCUAUUCCCUCAUUGAGGAAGCUGGGAAAGCAAGGAAGCUAGCAGAGGAUGCACGAACUUCAUAUGUCAAAGGGAGGCUUAGAGCCAAUUCUGCGUUUAUGGACAGGUUGCGUGCCAAGACCAUGAGAAUACGUGAAUCUGACACAGUUUUGCUUGAAAAUUGAUUAGGAACAGCUGCCCUUGGAAAAACACAUUUCCUAGUUUGGUAUUAUGAUUCCUUUAAAUUUGCUUCUUUCACUUGAUUUGUGACUGCUCCGCGAUAAUUUUAUUGCAAUCGAGGUUGUUUUCACAGGUUUAAAAGGAAAAAUAAUGUGACUUUCUCUGCA